AUGUCACAAACAAAUCAUGUUUAUGAUUUAGCAUUUAAAAAUGUAAAUCAAGAGAAAUUAUUUGCUUUAUUUUCAAUGGAAACGACACAACCUAAGGGAACAAUAGGACCGGAAAGACAUAAUUUAGAAGGUUUGAAAAUGCGUGACGGAACAUUAUUAAAAACAAAACCAAUGAAUAAUCCUGUGCAGCAUAUUUUGGGUCGGGGUAUCACGUCAGAAGAGAAAGAUGUUAGAAUCUAUUUAUACGAUGCAGAUGAUUUAUCAGAUGAAAAACCUUUCACACGAUCAUUUCACGUAACCAAUGGCAAAUUAAUCACACCGACUGACUCGUGCCCGAAUAGUAAUGGUCGAUGGUCAAGCAAACUUUAUUCAAAAAAUAAAAUAAAAUCUAAUAGCAUCGCUGCCGCUGCCGAAUUUGUUGGUAAAAACGAGACGAUAUAUGAUAUACCGUGUAUACAUUAUAUGAUAGAUACAUUGAAAUCGGUUUCGGUUAAAUGUGAAAUGUUGUUGGUUGCAUGGGAAGAAAAAAGAAAAGACAAAUCUUGUUCUAAUGGUAUAAAAUAUAUAUUAUUGAAUGGCGGUGAAAAACUUAUUAGAUCGAGAAAACAUUGUAUAAUUUCUUGA